CUUCCGGGAGCGUGAUUACGCCAAAGCCCAGUGGCAAUGCUUGACGUCAGCCCCGCUUCCUCACCGUGGCAACGGGUGGGUGACUACUUCCGGUACUCUGAGCUUCGGGACUGACGCGGGGUGAUUUCUCCCACAAUUACUUUUGGGUGGAAGUAUGCUCUUUUCCCAUUAGAAGAUGGUAAUCUCGGAGAAUGACCAUGGAGAAGGGGAUGAAUUCUGGAGAAGGACUGCCAUCCAGAUCAUCUCAGUUUUCACCUGUUAAAGUAACAACCAAAGAGUUGGAAGCAAAGCAGUCCUACAAAGAGAAACGUGGGGGUUUUGUGUUGGUCCAUGCAGGUGCAGGUUAUCAUUCUGAAUCCAAAGCCAAGGAAUAUAAACAUGUAUGCAAACGUGCUUGUCAGAAGGCAAUUGAAAAGCUACAGGCUGGUGCUCUUGCAACAGAUGCAGUGACUGCAGCUUUGGUGGAACUUGAGGUGUAUGUACACAGUUACACUUUAUGGAAUUGCAUCCAGCCAAGUAUCCAUGUUCUUCUUGUGAAGAGGCAGAGAAAAUCACCUCUCCCAAGAAUUUCCACCUUCUGACCAAGGGAAAUGUAUCCUGAAGAGCUGUACGCAAAUGGGAGGCACCUUGUUUGCUUGUUCUGCUGCUAGAGCAUUGAUUUAAUUAGAAGACAGGCUGUGGGUGGCCAUGUGCAGACAAAGAAGCAUCAGACAGAGCCCAGUUAGCCUGGGACAGUAAAAGCCUUUAUGCAGAAUCUGGAAAGUAAUGAGGAAGAAACUUAAAUUACAGAAUUUCAAAGAAUUUCAUCAAGAUCAUGCCCUAAGUACAGCUCCAAGGCAGAACAAAGCUUUACUGUACUUUUCCUAUUCAUUCUGUCACCUAAAUAUUAUGUAUUUAGCAGAUAAAAUUGUCAAAAUAAUAACUAUUGCAUCUCAUUAUAGUAGAGAAAAAAGCUUAAAAUUGAAUCUUAGAUAUUCCGGUUGACAAAAGUUCUUUGGCAUUCCCACUGUCAGGGAGUUUUCACUGGCAGUCAUUCACAUUCAGGUAGGUCUGCUUCCUACAUGGUAUACACAUGUCCUGACAAUUCAUGACAUGCACAGUCUGUAACAUGGCUAAUCAAUAAUAACCAUUAUUACAGAUACUAUUGAGAUAGUUUGGAGUGAGGAAAUUAUUUAUAUUUUCUUAUCUUGGAAUGUGUGUAGAGAUGUUUACAUUUUCUAGUGGGUUGCAAGUCUUCAUAAGUAGAAACAAAGUUACUACUUCCAUAUUUGUGCCUCCCAAUUCCUUUUUAAAAAAUGUCUAUUUCUUUAUUGGAUAGAGACAGAAAGUGAGAGGGGAGGGGAAGAUAGGGAGGGAGAGGCAGAUAUAGAUAGAUAGAUAGAUAGAUAGAUAGAUAGAUAGAUAGAUAGAGAGAAACCCACAGCACUGUUUUACCAGUUGUCAAAUUUCCCCCUGCGCUUGAGGGGUGCUUGAACCAAGGUCCUUGUGCCUGGUAACAUGUGAGCUCAGCUAGGUGCUUCACCACCUGGUGCCUCCUUUCCCCAAUUCUGACCAUGUCUUCACCUCACAGUUGAUAGGUUGGUGGCUUAAGUUAGAAUUCCAUGGUCUUUAAAGUUCUUACUGAGUGAUAUUUCUAUAUUAUUGUCAACACAGUUAAAAGGCGAAGUAUAAAUGGAUGCCAAAUUUGGCUUGACUAAAGAAACAGCUGCAUUUGUCUUUUCUGUUGUAGCUCAUAUGGGGAGGAUGAUUUCAGGUAUGCAUGUCUGUUGAAGCCAAUAUUUUAUUUUAGAGAUUUGUGUUAAUGUUUGACAAGUAAAUCUUUGUACCACAAUUCUAUGACUUUCAAUUAAAAAAAACAUUAAAA